AGUUCACGUAUAUAAGCUAGCCCGGUCCAUGUCCACACCCACUCGUACCUCCAUCAAGUCAUUGCAGCCGAGAGCUGACUCAUUUGGAGCUCCCUCCCUCCACGUCAUAGAGAAGUUCCGAGACACUGCCCUCCACUGCAGGAUUAUAUCUUGUAGAGAGGAGGGGUGAUCUGUUGAGGCAAGGAAAGAUAGAUCGAUGGAGUUUGCUGUAUCCGCAUUUGGCGUGGUAGCUAGCAUCGCCAUGUCCAAGCUCUGUACUGUGAUACGAAAAUUAUAUGGGAAGGCGAAGCUUGAUGCUACGUUCUUAAAAGAUGAGCUCGAGGCAAUCCGAGCUGCUAUCAUUCAACUUUGUUUCAGAGGUGGACCUGUUAGAUGUUUGCAGAUAGUAUGGAUAUCACAACUAAGGCGAUUGGCAUAUGACAUCGAAGACAGCAUAGACUGCUUCCAUGCCAACAAGCUGAGCCCCGAAGAAUUCGCCAUAAAGCUUGGUGAACUCAAGGAAAGGUCAUUGGAUACGACCGACCGGAUAAAAAGGUAUGGAUUCGCUGACCAAGGGUCUGCAGAAGGGUCUUCCGUUGUCACCAAUUAUCCUCCGGAUUUUCUUCUUGGCGACAAGAGUUGCCAUGACUGCUUGGUAUAUUUGUACUUGUUUCCUCCUAAUCAUCAUGUCAGGACUAAACCUCUAAUAAGGAGAUGGCUGGCUGAAGGUCUAGUACAACGAGAAGAUGCUGCAGUCGAUAAUUUGCAGUCCAUCAUUGACUCCAGUUACAUCGGUUCCAUCGAGAGAAGUAUCAAUGGGAAGGUGAAGAGGUGCAAAAGAACUCAUGAGACGCUAGAGGACAUCGCCAAACGGUCCUUGUCUGAGAAGUUCAUCCUGGUCUGUGACGGCACCGCCCAACUUCAGGAGGAAGAAGCCCGGAGGCUGUCUGUGCAUCCUUCUGGAAAUGUACAACUGAAUUUGCCUCAGGAUCUGCCUAGUCUCCGAACCUUAGCGGUAUUCCCUGCUGGUGCGGCGAGUCUCGCUAGUUAUGAAGAUGUUUUAGAUUUUUCCAGGUAUGGUCAAGUGCUGCGGGUGUUGGAUCUGAAAGAAUGUGCUCACCUGAGCGAUGAACAUAUUCAGGCUAUUUGCGAGCAGGUGCUGAUGAAAUAUUUGAGCAUCAAUUUGGGUAGCAUUGAUGAGAUUACAAGGGAUAUCGGGAAGCUGAAUCAGCUAGAGACCCUCGACCUGAGUGGAAGCCAGACUGUGACGGUGUUCAAAGAAGUCCUCAUGCUGCCCAAACUGAAGCACCUCAUUGGGAAGUUCCAGCUUUCUAAGAGAGAUACCUUUUGGGGACCUGUACCAUCAGAUGUAGAGAAGCUCCUGAGAGCUAACAGUAAGAUGGAGACGCUGGCAGGAUUUGUCAUGGGUAGGAGACCAGGAUUUCAACAACUGCUGAGUCUUAUGAGGCGGUUGCGGAAGGUGAAGAUAUGGUGCAAAACCAACGCAAGUUCAGAUAACCUGCUUGCUCUUUCAAAUGCCAUUUCGAAGUUCGUUCUUAAUGGGGCCACUGAACCUGAUCUUAAUCGGUCCCUAUGCAUUGACUUCGAAGAAGGCUCAAGAGAUCUCGUGCAUGAAAUAAUCGUCCCAGUCGGCGGCAAACUCGACUCCCUCAAGCUGCGCGCCACACUGGGCAAAUUUCCUCAGUUUGUUGCACACCUAGGUUGUAUAGAGGAGCUAUGCCUCUGGUCCACUGGUCUGAGCUGGGACGUUAUUCAAAAGGGUCUGAGCAACGUGAAGGGACUGAAAUAUCUCAAGCUUAUUGAAGAUGGCCUUGGGCGCAUCGACAUACUGUCUGUAGCUGGGCACCUCAAAGCCAUUGAGCGGCUUUACAUCGUGUGCAGGCAAACGCUGGAAGUAGCUAUCACAGCUGCCCCGCUGCCUCAUCUUGUGUCACUUCAUAUCCUCUGUCAAGAUCUGCAUUUCAUUACUGGAACAAGCGGCAUCGACAUCACGGGCAUGGCAAAACUGCAGGAAGUUGCGCUCCAUCCUCUUGUCGACGGAGCAAUCAGAGCUGGACUGCAACAAGCUGCAGAUGGCCAUUCUAAUAUGCAUCCGCCCAAAGUGAUGUUCCUCGAAUAUCCUCAAUAAUGGGGACUUAAUCAAACACGUGCAAAACGGCAAUACAGCGACGGAGCCACCUACCACUUUGCUUCCGGAUCCACGCAACAACUCAAGUGUCCUGUGAUCUAUUUUAUUAGUAGGUUUUUUCUUCCGCGAUAUUACAAAUAAGGUUUAAGUACCACAUUUUUCCUUUUGCGAGUGUAAGUACCAGUUAUUGUCCAAUUACCAUUUCCAAGUCACUCUGUGAAGUGCACCGAUUGUUGUAUAUUUUUAAUGUUCCAAAGCGAUGAAUCCUUACUCUUAUUGUAAACUUUAUUUUACUGAUUCCAAUCAAGAACUUUGUUCUUAUUUAAA